AUGCAAUCAACUACCCAAGCAACUCAAAAAGAUAACUCUUCUGAAAACAAAGAUAAUUAUAUUGUUCCAGGUUUAUUUUGGGAUCCUGCUUGUAUUAUCGCUUAA